AUGAAGCACUGGGACAAUGAGUUAGCAGUGAAAGCACAAGAAUAUGCCAACAAAUGUAUCUGGGGACACAAUUCGGCAAGAUCUAACUCACCAACAACGUUCUCUUAUGUCGGGGAGAACAUUUACGUUCAAACAAAUACAAUGAACACGGAUGUCAUUGAAAAUGGAUUCACAAUGUGGGACGACGAGAAAAAUGGGUUUCAUUACGAUACAAAUUCUUGUUCUGAUGCACCAUGUGGACAUUACACACAAAUAAUCUGGGCAGAGAGUACUGCAUUAGGAUGCGGAGUGUCUCAUUGUCCUUCCAUGGAAAACCUACUGGACUACAACUUCGUUGAUUAUUGGGAAUAUUUAGUGUGUAAUUAUGGACCAGGAGGUAAUAUAAAUGGAAAAUUGCCGUACGUGGAGGAUACGUUAGGAAGUAGCGGUGGAGAAGCUGCGACAAGUAAUGGAUGCCGGAAAUGAAAAUUUUUAACAAG